AAAAUGUUUUAUUUAAUACUUUCAUUGCACUUUUAGCAAUUUCUUCUCACUCCAUUUUUCAUACGUGUUGACGUAGAAUCGAGAUUACAAUUAAAACCACUCCAACACGUUUACAUUUCUCGAAUGUCAUUUUGUUUUCCAGUUUUUCCCUCACUUUAUUUUUGAGGACAUAUGUUCAGGGAGGGCUUUGUUCACUUCUCUGCCGCCAAGGGAAGCAAAGGGAGCGAAGAGCGGCUUGGCCGGCUGCAGUACAGGAAUCCGGAUAUGAUGAAAAUGUUUUAGACGCAACAAUCCUCAGCGAGCUACCCGCCAUUGAACGUCGGAGGCGUCGCGAGGAUUAUUAUUGGCAUUUUUUUCAUACGUCAACAGCAUCUGGACGAAGCGGGACUGGGACACUCUGGCAACUUAAAGUCACCGGAAAAGUUUUUGGACGCUCCAAGUUGCUCUUUCACCCGCUGUCCCUUUUUGUUUCGUCCCAACGUCUCCGGGAAAGAGUUGGAGGAAGGAAGGAUGGGCAUAAGUCAGAUUUGAAGCAAGGGAGUUGACAUGUUUGAAAGGCCUGUGCUGAAGGUGAGACGUUGGUUUUCACAGCGCUGAGGGCUGAGGAAAGGGAGGAACCUCUUCUUCUGCUGUGUGUGUCCCCCAAAAGACGACUGUCUCAUGUCCAAGGAGACCGUCUUUCCUCCGGGUGGGCCGGCAGGGCCAAGGAAGGGCCCUCAGCAAGAGACAAGUCCCCUGCUGUCAGCCUCACAAGAUGCUUGUGACAGUGAAUCAUCAGGAAGAACACCGUCUCCCAGGAAACCAGCCUCUGAAGGACAAAGUCACGUGACCGAGGAGAAGCCUAAUUAUUGCGAGCCUGUAAGAACGCAACCUCAGUCUGAGUCCCAGCCAGUGUCCUCGGAGCCUGUUGAGGGAGAAGCUGGCAAGGACCAAAAUGGCUUUCGCCACAACAGCGCUGGCACACCCGCGCUGAGUAACGGCAACGGAAUCCACCCUGGCAUCGGCGGUGCCGGGGCCAUGCGCACAUGCUCCUGCGGUGCCAACAUCGGCGUGGGUGCCAUGGGUGGGUCUGGCUCUGGCACGAGAUCAGUAGCGACUGCGACAACGACAGAGCAGCCUAGGAAGCAGCCGUCCACGCCUGUGUCGCAGAGGAUGCAGAGGAAAUUGAGGUCCAGCUUGUCGGUCAACAGUGACAGCAGCAGACGCAGCAAAGGCAGUUCCACGGGGUCACAGAAACCUCCGUUACCAGAGGACUGCUGUGUCCACUGCAUCUUGGCCUGCCUGUUCUGUGAGUUCCUGACACUUUGCAACAUGGUGGUGGCGCAGGCCUCGUGCGGUGCAUGCACAUCGGAGGCUUGCUGCUGCUGCUGCUGCACUGACGACCUGGGCGACGACUGCAACUCCCCCUGUGACAUGGACUGUGGCAUCAUGGAUGCCUGCUGCGAGUCCUCAGAUUGCCUGGAAAUCUGUAUGGAGUGCUGCGGCAUCUGCUUCCCCACAUAGGGAGGCCUGCGCUGGUGUUGACCGGGGUGCCUCUGCAGGGGGGUAACUGGACCCUGGAUGGAAGAAUGGAAGGAAGCUGCUGCUGCUGUCACUUUGAAUUCAGCAACAGACAGAGGGAAUGCAUUUGUGCGUGAACGCGUGCGUGUGAGUGAGUGAGUGUGAUAGUCGACAUAUGUGUUUGUGGACUGUUGAGUGUGUGUGCAGUUGUAUGAUGUGGUUGAGUAAAGCAUUCCUUGAAAGACGUAUUCGACACUGGGCUCCUGCAUCAAAGCCAGCUCAGCAGGGGCUAGAAGUAACUCCACAUAUAUGAACAUGUCAGUUAAAUCUUCAGUGUAGAGUCAUUUGUUUCUGUUCAGUAUUCUAUCCUUUACAUAAGAAGUAUUAUCACAGACUGCCUAAGAAAUGAUGUGUAGUUGUAUCUUGCCUCUUUUUAGUCAUUUUGAUGAUCAACAUGUUGUGUACACUAAACAAAAUGAUGACCAUCUCCCUGUUUCUCCAUGUUUUUUUUUUUUUGAUGCUCAAAAACUGAGGUUGCAGUCUUAGUACUUUACAACACUGUAAAAGGUUUACGUGACACAUUCCUAGUUGCAUACUGUAAUUUUGCAACACAGACUUUCAUUUACAUGUAUCUACUGUAGCACUGUAGAACAGUUGAAACUGGUGAAAUGUCAAAGGUGAAUCAGGACAUUACAGAAUCUGCUCCUUUCUAAAACCAAAGGUAUAGAUUGUGCCUGUUUAAAGGGUGUUCUUACUUUUAUCUUUCACCGUUUUGUUUUUAUCAAAGUGGCCUUUUGUUAUGGAAAACCUACACAAAGUUGCUGAUAAGUUCAUAAUUGUUUGCGAAAUCUCACUUAAAUACUGGAAUGUCAAUGAAAACUUAUUGUACCAAAGAAUCGCAUCCCUUGAUCUUGCAGUAUUUGAAGCCUUGGGUUUACUGGAAAUACAGUGCAGAUACUCAGUUUUAAUACACACACACAAAAAAGGUUUGGACCAGCUCACUGUACAGUUUUCUGUAACAUUAAGAUAAACAAUGUGUACAGUUUAUGUCUUUAUUUCUAUGAGGGGUUUCCUCUAAUUUCAGCCAUCAGCUAUUAGGCUUUGUCAUCUGCAUAUGGUAGUCUUCUCUGUGAUGCUGUACUACAUACAUACUGUGUAAGUAUGACUUGUUGAACUGCACUCGGUGCAUGAGGGGUGUGAUAAGGAAUUAAAAAAUGGUGACCCUGGUUGCCAUAUAAGCGGCUUUCGGGUAUCAAACCCAGUGACUCACAAUACAAAAAAGGAAUCAUGAACUGUCAUUUUGAAAUGGUAAACUAAUGCAGGGUAAAGGCAGUUUUCUUCUCCUUUUUUUUUUCUGUUCCUUAAUUCUGUGUAUCUCAAGAUGAGUUUGUGGUGAAUCACCAAUGGAGUCAUUUUCUUGUCUUGGAGAUCCGCUUUGAUGUUGUUUAAGUGAUGAUACUUAAUGCCGGCCCUCAUUAGCACUGCUUGCUAAAUGGUAACAAAAAUGUGCCUUCCGAACGCCAACAUGGAUAAUGUGCUGUCAUGUACAGCUCGUCUUAAUGGUGCACUGUUAUUGUGUAUAAGGAGGUUGGAAAGGCACCUCUGCAGCAGAUAAUGUGCAGAAAGUAAACCUCAUUUUCAUGUUGAUGAUUAACUCACACUACAAGUUUAUUACGGGCGAAAGAGUGUCAAGAAAACACUAUAUAGAUAAUGUGAAGAAUUCAUCUAAAAAGAAAAAGUGUAUACAUGUAGCUGCAGUAGUUUUUCUCUUAUACUAUACUGUUGUAUGUUUUUUUUAUUCUGUGCCCCACACUUGAUCCUUCUCCUUGUCAUCUCAAUGCAUCAUUUCUCAACUUAGGAGUUCAUUUUACGAGUUUUGUACAUUAUCUCCAAUCUCAAAGAAAAACAUUUUUAAAAAAUAAAACAUUACCAAAGAAACGUACGAUUAUUGUUUUGGACACAUUUACACACAAGACAUUUGAAUACAUCUCCUUGACCUGUGGGAAACUACAAUGGACAUUUUUCAUCAUUUUCUGAUGGUUUGUAGAA